AACUAAAGCUUCCACCCACUUACCCUUUUAUCCUCCUUCCUUCUUUUCUUUUCCAACUCACAAAGAAUAGCUAACACUAAACUCAAAUCUAGUCAAACUAAAAACUUGCAAAAACCCAAACUUUCUCUUCUCUUUCUUCUCUUCAUAAGUUACUAACACAUAGAAACAAAUCUCAUCUUGCUUUUGCUUUUCCACUUUGUUUACUUGAUCUCAAAAAAACCCUUCCUAUACCAUCUUUUUAACACAAAAUUUAAGAAAAAAAAAUCAUCAAAAAGGAGCUAAAGAGAUGAUCCAAGAACUAUUAGGAGGAAAUAGUGCUCCUACAAGUUUUUUAGGUGAGAGAAAGAUUUCUAUCCCUUUCUCUUCUCCUCCUUCUACAACAUGUCCUUCUACCACACCAAUUCUUACUACUACUACUACUUCCAUUGCAACAACCACAGCUUCAGCAGCAACGUUAGCGAACGCCUCGAAUUCAGCUAGUAGUGGUGGUGGUGGUAAUGGUGGUAAUAACAACUCCACUGAGGUUAAUGCUAGCCAACAAAAUCUAAGGUGUCCAAGAUGUGAUUCUACAAACACCAAGUUUUGUUACUACAACAACUACAAUCUUACUCAACCUCGGCACUUUUGUAAGACAUGUCGGAGGUACUGGACUAAAGGUGGAACCCUCCGAAACGUUCCGAUCGGAGGUGGUUGUCGUAAGAACAAGAGCACAACAGUAAGUGGCUCAAACACUUCCUCAGGUUUUGCUAAGUCAUCAACAAAUGCCAUGGCUAAAGCCAAGGCUACUUUAUCAACUGAGUUGUUAGUUAAUGGCAACCAUGGUUAUCUUGGAAAUGGGUUGUUGGAUCAUCUUCAUCAUCAUUCAGAGCUCCAAUCAUCUUGCCCUAAUAAUAAUAACCCAAUCCUUUGGCCUUCACUUCCACAAAACUCUCACAUCUUAUCUUUGCUUAGAGGGUCUAAUCAGUUCCAUAACCCUAACCCUAACCCUAACCCGCUUUCGAGUGUUUAUAGUUGUGUUAAAACUGAAGGUUCAAACUCAAAUACUACCACCACUCUUGGGUUAGAUUCGUAUGGUAAUGGAGCUUCAUCUUUACUUGGAUCAUAUCCAAGAAGUAAUAACCAACACCAAGUAAACGGGUUCUCAUCUGGGAUUCAAGAUUAUGUUCAACAAAAUGGGAAUAGUAGCAAUAUUCUAGAGCUAUAUCAGAGGUUAAAAUCAUCAUCUAAUUACAGCAGUUAUUGCGGCAACGAAAAUUCAGGUACUGUUAUCUUAGGUAAUAUGGUUGGAUCAACAUCACUAUCUUCUCCAAUGCAUACAACUAUAUUGGAUUCAGCACCUGUUGGAGGAGCAGAUAAUUAUGGAGGUUAUAGCUUCAUGACUUCUCCUGGAAUGUCUGGCUGGUCUGAGUAUCCAAUAGUACCUAUAAAUGGUGCAUAUCCUUAAAACUAUAUACACUUAUAUAUAUUAUAUAUAUGGCUUAGUCUAAUCUUGGCCCUUUUUUUUUUUUUUUACCUUGUUCUUCUUGUUUAUUUUGGGGGGUGUUUAUGUAGUUUCACUUUAAAUUACUCUUUUCUAUGAGUUGCCUUUUAAGUUGUUGAUUGUUUCUUUUCAUUGUAGUUAGGUUGGGGUUUGAGGUAUAUGAAUUAAUAUGGCUAAUUACUCUUUAUGAUAACUUUAUUGUAAUGUUGUUCUUGUUUUAAUUUAUACAUUUAUGUAAGCUCUAGCUUGUAGUGAGAGUGAUCUUUGGUUCAGAAGUUGAACCCUUGGUCCCUAUGAAAUUAAUGCAUGUUCAAGGCUAAUUGUGAAAUUAAUGGUAAUUUUAUCUAAUUACUAGGAUAAA